CACAACACAAGAGAAAAUGAUAAGCUCACAGGUCUUGCCCAUCGCGCCAUCUCCUCCCACAAAACUACGCCUCUCAACUUCACUCCCAGGCACGUUUCACACUCUUUCUCAAAGAACCCACAUUCCUUCUCAUGUCUACAAGCACCCUGCUGCUAUACUUCUUGAGCUUUCCACUUCCUUACAAGAACUCCGCCAAAUUCUCCCUCUCAUCAUCAAAAACGGCCUCUACGGUGAGCUCUUGUUCCAGACCAAGCUUGUUAGUUCGUUCUGUAAAUAUGGAAGCCUUACUGAGUCUGCUCGUGUUUUUGACUCGGUUGAAGACAAGGUUGAUGCUCUUUACCACACCAUGCUUAAAGGGUAUUGUAAAAAUUCAUUCUUGGAGGAUGCCUUAUUGUUUUAUUGUCGUAUGAAGUAUGAUGGUGUUGAGCCUGUUGUGUAUAAUUUCACGUAUUUGUUGAAAGUUAUUGGAGAUAAUUCUGACCUUAGGAGGGGCAAGGAGGUCCAUGGGCAGCUCAUAACAUCUGGGUUUGGCUCAAAUUUGUUUUCAAUGACUUCGGUUGCCAAUAUAUAUGCUAAGUGUGGACAGAUUCGUGAAGCAUAUAAGAUGUUUGACAGAAUGCCUGAAAGAGACUUGGUAUCUUGGAACACGAUCAUUGCGGGUUAUGCGCAAAAUGGGCAGGCAGAGAUUGCGUUGACCUUGAUUAUUCGAAUGCAGGUCGAAGGCCAAAAGCCCGAUUCGAUCACAUUGGUUACCAUUCUGCCUGCUGUUGCAGAUAUUAGGUCUUUGAGGAUUGGAAAGUCGACUCACGCUUAUGCUAUAAGAGCUGGAUUUGACUCAAAGGUGAAUAUUGCAACUGCACUGGUAGAUAUGUACUCGAAAUGCGGUUCUGUAGAGACUGCUCGGUUGAUUUUUAAUAGGAUAUCUGAAAAGACUGUUGUCUCGUGGAAUUCCAUGAUUGACGGGUAUGUUCAAAAUGAAGAUCCUGAGGAAGCACUGAAAAUCUUUCAAAGGAUGUUGGAGGAGGGAUUUGAACCAACCAAUGUUACAAUAAUGGAGUCCUUGCAUGCUUGUGGUGACUUGGGUGAUAUUGAGAGGGGUAGGUUCCUUCAUACAUUAGUUGAUCGGUUGAAUCUUGCCUCAGAUGUUUCGAUAAUGAAUUCUCUCAUAUCCAUGUAUUCUAAGUGUAAGAGAGUAGAUACUGCUGCCAAGAUAUUUGAAAAUUUGCAAAGUAAAACUCUUGUUUCGUGGAAUGCAAUGAUAUUAGGUUAUGCCCAAAAUGGGUAUGUAAAUCGAGCCUUGAGCCACUUUUGUGAGAUGCGAUCCCAGAACAUAAAAAUGGAUACGUUUACCAUGGUUAGUGUGAUUCCUGCUUUAGCAGAGUUAUCAAUUACACGCCAGGCUAAGUGGAUUCAUGGACUUGUUAUAAGAUCUUGUUUUAAUAAAAAUGUUUUUGUGAUGACUGCUCUUGUCGACAUGUAUGCAAAAUGUGGAGCCAUCCACACUGCAAGAAAACUCUUUGACAGGAUGAAGGAACGACACGUGACGACAUGGAAUGCCAUGAUAGAUGGCUAUGGAACCCAUGGGCUUGGAAAAGAUGCCGUGGAUCUGUUCUGUGAAAUGCAAAAGGGAAUUGUCAAGCCCAAUGAUGUAACAUUUCUGUGCGUUAUCUCUUCUUGCAGCCACUCAGGUUUGGUUGAAGAAGGGCUCUGGUUCUUUGAAAGCAUGACAAAUGAUUAUGGCUUAGAGCCUGCAAUGGAUCACUAUGGAGCCAUGGUUGAUCUUCUUGGUCGUGCUGGCCAGCUCAAUGAGGCUUGGGAUUUCAUUCAAAAGCUGCCUAUCGAUCCAGGGAUUACAGUCUACGGUGCAAUGUUGGGUGCUUGUAGAAUCCAUAAAAGUAUUGAACUAGCAGAAAAGACGGCUAUGAGAAUAUUUGAGUUGAGCCCAAAUGAUGGUGGCUACCAUGUAUUGCUUUCUAACAUAUAUGCCACUGCUUCGAUGUGGGACAAAGUUGCCCAAGUUCGGAACAUGAUGGAGAGUAAAGGGCUUAAGAAAACUCCAGGCUGCAGUUUAGUAGAUUUAGGAAACGAGUUCCACACUUUCUAUUCUGGAAGCACAAUCCAUCCACAAUCCAAACAAAUUUAUGCCUAUCUUGAUACUUUGGGAGAAGAGAUAAAGGCCGCCGGGUAUGUUCCCAACACCAAUUCAAUACAUGAUGUGGAAGAUGAUGUCAAGCAAAAGUUGCUCAAUAGCCACAGCGAGAAGUUGGCUAUUGCAUUUGGACUCUUAAACACCAGCCCUGGCACAACAAUACACAUAAGGAAGAAUCUAAGAGUUUGUGGUGAUUGUCACAAUGCGACCAAGUAUAUUUCACUUGUUAGUGGACGGGAAAUUAUAGUGCGUGACAUGCACCGAUUUCACCAAUUCAAAAACGGGACAUGCUCUUGUGGAGAUUAUUGGUGAUGACUAUCUCCUGACAUGAGUUUUGACACUGGUCUGUUAUUGUAUAUGCGCUACUCUUUUUGGUUGUUAAGGAUGAAGCUAUAAAUGUAUACCCAACCACUAGCUUUGUCAAUUGAUUUGGAAAAUUUUCAAAGAUUUCAUGACUCCCGUUAGGUCAUAUGUUUGUAGAAUGGCAAGUUUUGAUGAUAAAGAAG